AUGUAUCUAUCUCUCAGCAACAUUCUUGCAGCUCCCUUCCGGAAGACGCCAGCAACCGAAUCUCGGGUGAACAUCGUCGAUGAGGUAGACUAUACAUACAUCAAAGGCAACAUCGAGAGCCGAGGACCAUGUCCAGGCCUAAAUGCCCUAGCAAAUCAUGGCUACAUAGCUAGAGAUGGAAAGAACAUCACCGUAGCUCAAGUCGAUGCAGCACUCAAGACAGCCUUACACAUGAGCCCGUUGGCUGCUAAGUCUCUGACAGGUGCUCUCAAGGGGCUCUUGCGAAAGGACGGCACGUUUGACCUGGUAGACACACGGCGUCACAACGUCAUCGAACAUGACUCAUCAUUCACCCGUCUUGACUUCCACCAAGGCGACAACUACACUUUCCAGCCACAGAUGCUGGAGGACAUGAUCAAGGACGCCAACGGCGGUGAUGUGACGUUGAGGUCCAUGGCUAAGACCUUCAUUCGACGAGGAAAGGAGAGUCGAGAGGCCGGCGCACCGAAGCUGCCGCUAAAUUUGUGGUUUGUGCGUGUUUUGCAGUACGUCGGUCUUAUCAACUCAGCACAGACCGGUGGAAAGCUGAACCGGGAAAUCUUGGAGGCCGUGUUCGUAGAGGAGAGGUUCCCGGAUGUGAUUCUCGACAAUCCAAAGCCACGGACGGUUCUUACUUUACUGAGCAAUGCUCUGGGAAUGAUGUAUUGGGUUGUUGUUGGGCCAUAA